AUGAAAGAACUUGGACAGCUCAAGCAUUUUCUUGGUAUAGAGGUCGAUCAUUCUCAAGAAGGAAUAUUUCUCCAUCAGCAAAAGUAUUCCAAAGAUUUACUGAAGAAGUUUGGAAUGCUUAAGUGUAAGCCAAUCUCAACACCAAUGGAGCCAAACGCCAAAAUAUGUGCUCAUGAAGGGAAAGAUUUAGAAGAUGCUACAAUGUACCGGCAGUUGGUGGGUAGUCUUAUCUACUUAACUUUAACUAGACCAGAUAUUUCUUUUGCAGUUGGUGUGAUGAGUCGGUACAUGCAACAUCCGAAGAAGCCUCAUUUGGAUGCAGUUCGUCGAAUUCUGAGAUAUGUGAAGAAUACGCUUGGCUAUGGUAUUAUGUACAAAAGAGGAGGAGGUUGUAAACUAGUUGGCUAUUGUGAUGCUGACUAUGCAGGUGACUAUGAUACUCGACGCUCAACUACCGGGUAUGUUUUCAUGCUUGGGUCGGGAGCAAUUUCUUGGUGUAGCAAAAGACAACCAACAAUGUCUUUGUCAACCACCGAAGCGGAGUACCGAGCAGCAGCGAUGGCAGCUCAAGAGAGCACAAUAUGUUUGGCGGAAAAUCCAGUUUUUCAUGCAAGAACUAAGCAUGUGGAGGUGCAUUACCACUUUAUCCGAGAGAAAGUCUUGCAAGAGGAAAUUGAGUUGAAGCAUGUCAGAACAGAAAAUCAAGCUGCAGAUUUAUUUACAAAAGGCUUGAGUGGCAACAAGUUCGAAAGUUUUUAUCAUCAGCUUGGCGGGGCGAACAAAGAAGAAGCUGAUGUUGAGGGGGAGUAUUGA